AAAAAACAACGAUAUAUUCAUCUUUUUAGUGCCAUCUUCGCUUCGGACUGUGCAUCUAGUACUUGACGAACCGCUCGUCUCAUUAUCCGCCGCAACCUCGGCGUGGCAAAGACGGCAUUGCGCUCUAGCGGAGAAUUCAUAAUUCCUGGACUAGUCGAAUAAACUUGAACAAUCAUGAAUGAACAGCAGCAGCUUCAGCUCUUGGCUGAAUUAGAAGUAGAAAUGAUGGCAGACAUGUACAACAGGAUGACUGUUGCUUGUCAGAAGAAGUGUAUUCCACCUACCUACAAAGAAGGUGACCUUUCUAAAGGUGAAGCUGUCUGCUUGGAUCGCUGUGUUGCUAAGUAUUUGGAGGUCCAUGAGAGCAUUGGUAAAAAAUUGACUGAGAAGUCGGCCCAAGAUGAAGCCAUGAUGAAACAAAUGCAGGGACAGAGUUAGUGAUGAUCUCCCAUCAGCCCAGGGCCCUGGUACAUUAGAGAUGCAAUCGAAUGUACAUUUCAUUAAAUUGCUUUUAAAAUGUUAUAGGACCCAGAUCAGAUGUAACUUGUGGAUGCAGUUAUCUUGGCCACAUAUCAGCUUCAUGAAAGCAUUAACUGUAUAAAGUCCAGAGGAGUUGGUGUUCAGCAGCGGCCAAGGCAGGAUAUCGCCUGUUUGUGAGAUCAUAUUUGAGAAGUUUGAUUUGUAACUUGUCCAACGAGCUGAAUGAAGGAAAAGAGAAUAACUGAAGCAUGCAAGUUUCACCCACAUUGACUUUGCUUUUUUUUAAAUUGGAAAAUUAUGAUUAAUACUCGGCUUUAGAUUAAGAUGCAACUUCUGUGACACAGAAUCUGGUCAGCUUGUAUAACUAUAACUAGCAUUCUCUUGCCUUGCAUUUUUGCAUCAUGUUUGCUAAAUUGCUAUAGGUUUAGCAACGAUGCAAUGUUGAGGUAGAAUCACUCUGCUGCUCUAAAAUGUUGCAAUGUUAUAAUCGUCCAGCAUGUUCUGUGCAGACUGCAGAGCACAGGAUUGCAUCGUAGAUUUGAGACAUGAGAGGACAAUAAAUUGACACUUUAGCUAAAUAGGCACUUCACAGAAGGUAAAUCGCAGGUCUAAAGCCAUUGAUAUUCGUGGAAUUGCGGGGGUAACAAAACUGUAUCUAGAAAGGCAUGUUCUGGAGAAU